UGCGCUAUUUCUGGGACGGGCUAGUGUAUAGGCCAGCCCUGUAAUUUUGUUUAGCAGGCAGCCAAGGCUCUUAUUGACAACUGCCCAGGACCUAAUUUUCUACACAUAACACAUUUCCAUUCAACAGGCGCAAAAGGGAAAGCGGUAAAGGGCUUGAGAUGCCAUUUGAGAGCUGCCCAGAGCAGUAGCAACAGCAGCUGCCUUGACCUUUCCUGUGUUGUGCACGGCUCCCCAUCCGAAAUAAUCAUGUCGAUCGCCCACACAGCUGGCCAGUAUAUGCUCUCAGAUGCUCUGCUUCCAGAUCCAAAUGGCUCCAGGGCUAAAGGGCUUCGCCUGGAAUUACCUUGCGACCGCAUGGUGAAGUUUGUGACAGUAGGAUUGCCUCUCGUGCUAAUGUCCUUGGCGUUUGCUCGGGAGUUUUCUGCAGGCACUCAGAUCAGCUGCUUCUCUCCUAGCAACUUUACAGGAAAGCAGGCUGCCUAUGUGGAUACCAUGUGCUGGGAUUCCUUACUUCACUAUGAUGCGGACCUAGUGGAAGAUUUGAGACCCAAGCCCCUCUGGGUUCUGAAGAUCUUCCCAUAUUCUUUACUAGUGAUUGCUGUUGCUAUGUAUAUACCUUAUCUGAUCUGGAGAUAUGCUGCUGCCCCAUCCCUGAACUGUGAUUUGUUCUUCAUCAUUGAUGAGCUGGAUAAGUCGUAUAACCGUUCCAUCCGGCUGGUGCAGCACAUGGUGAAACUCCAGCAGUCUGGAACUGACCCGGAAGAACUCUGGGAGGAGUAUGACAAAGCUCGCCGGGAACGCUACUUCGAAUUCCCUCUACUGGAGAGGUACUUGACUUGCAAGCAGCGCUCUUACUACCUCGUGGGCAUCUACGUUUUGAGGAACCUUGUUCUCCUCUCCCUCAUGGUCGCCACUUGUAUCUACCUCGGUUACUGCCACGUGAGUGUCUUCUUCCAAGAUGAAUUUGGUUGUGCAAUCAAGGCAGGACUCCUACGGAAUGAACCGCAUCUCCCAGAUUCCGUUCCCUGCAAGCUCCUAUUUUUCUCAGUCUUCCAAAUGACCAGCAUCUGCCUUGGGACCAUGUAUGUCCUCCUGGGCCCUGUUGUGAUCUACCAUUUGCUCCACCUCUUCCACUGGGAUAAGCGACUUUUGUCCAUCUAUGAGAUGCUCCCAGCUUUUGACCUUCUCAGCAGGAAGAUGCUGACUUGCCCUAUGAAUGACCUGAAUAUCAUCUUGUUGUUCCUGAGAGCCAACAUCUCGGAAAUCAAGUCCUUCAGCCGGCUGAGUGUCCUGUGCACACUGAGGGACGUUACAGCAGACAAGGAAAACAUUGACACCGUGGUGGAUUUCAUGACCCUCCUGGCUGGAUUGGAGAUGUCCAAGCCAAAGCCUUUUGGCACAGAGGGAAAUUCAUUGCAUCCCAACAGUGAGAUUAUCGAAAUGAAACCAGCCUUGGAAUCAAAAGAAGACUGAUCAUGGUCAAUUUGAUGGAAUGGCAAACAGCAGAGGAAACAUAGUUAGUAAAUGGUGUUAAAGCCUUGGAAAGUCACCAAUAAAACCGUCAUUUGUUGUUGUUUCCAGUUG